GCUCUGUAUGUAUUCAGUGAACGUGAUCGAGCGUAAAACGCGUAAUGACUUGCUAGAAAUACUGCAAAACAUAAUUGUUUUCGCUUCCAACUAUACUUAUCAAGGACACGUACGUACAGACGUAGACAGGCAUAAUUAGCCGAGUCAUUUUGAUGCUACGACUUCGUCAACUGCAAGGGAGCUUUCGUCGUUUAUGCACGAUGGCGUCCGGAGAAGUGAAGACCUACGAUUAUCUGGUGCUGGGCGGCGGCUCUGGGGGUAUCGCCAGCGCGAGGAGAGCCACCGAAUUCGGCGUGACUGCUGCAGUUAUCGAAGGCUCACGACUAGGAGGAACAUGUGUGAAUGUUGGCUGUGUUCCCAAGAAGAUCAUGUUCAAUACAGCUCUUCACAUGGAAAUGAUUCAUGAUCAUAAGGAUUAUGGCUUCAAUGUAGAUUACAAGGGAUUUAACUGGAGUGUGAUAAAGGAGAAGCGUGAUGCCUAUGUCAAACGUCUGAAUGGCAUCUAUGAGACUAACCUAGGCAAAGCCAAGGUUGAUUUCAUCCCUGGUUACGGCAAGUUCACAGCCGAUGGAUGCAUUGAGGUCAACGGUCAGAAGUUCAAAGGUCGUCACACCAUGAUCGCUGUGGGUGGGGAGCCAACGAUUCCUGAUGUCCCAGGUGCCGAGUAUGGAAUCAGUAGUGAUGGCUUCUUUGAUCUGACAGACCUUCCAAAGAAGACUGCGGUGGUUGGAGCUGGAUACAUUGCUGUUGAACUGGCAGGAAUCCUGAAAGAACUUGGAAGUGAUGUCUCCCUCUUUAUCAGGAGAGACCAGGCUCUUAGGAAUUUCGACUCCAUGAUUACUACCAAUGUGACAGAGAGCAUUGAAAACCUUGGAAUUAAGCUUGUCAGACAAAGUUCAUCUGUGUCUGUUGUGAAGGAAGCAGAUGGAACUCUUACCUAUAACACAACUGCAGGAACAUUCAAAGGAUUUGACUGUCUGCUCUGGGCUGUCGGGAGACAUCCACUAACAAAGAGUCUUGGACUUGAACAUGUGGGUGUGAAAACCGAUGCCAAAGGAAACAUCGUUGUAGAUGAAUACCAGAACACCGCUACACCAAACAUCUAUGCUCUAGGAGACGUGUGUGGAAGAGCCCUUCUUACACCAGUUGCUAUUGCUGCUGGAAGGAGGCUGUCGCAUCGUCUCUUCAAUAAUGAGAGCACCUUGAAGUUAGACUACGACAACAUUGCGACCGUUGUCUUCUCUCAUCCCCCCAUUGGCACCAUCGGAUUGACAGAAGCGGAGGCUAUUGCGAAGUACGGGGGCGACAAUGUGAAGACCUACCAGUCUUCUUUCAACAACAUGUACUUUGCAAUGACAGAGAGGAAGGAGAAGACCAAGAUGAAGCUUGUGUGCGCUGGUCCAGAAGAAAAGGUUGUUGGGCUUCACAUGCAAGGUUUGGGAUGCGAUGAGAUGCUUCAAGGUUUCUCCGUCGCUAUCAAGAUGGGUGCAACUAAAGCUCAGUUUGACGACACCGUCGCCAUCCACCCGACCUCCUCGGAAGAACUUGUGACGAUGCGUUAGAAGCUAGCUCUACAUAGAUUCAACCAGUAGCGUAUCCAGGAUUCUCGGGGGAGGGGGGGGGGGGGCACAAUUCUGAAAAAAAACAUCUGACAAGCAAAUAAAUUAAUGGUGAUCAAACCUCAUCUUCCUACUUUUUUCCCAUUUUCUUUCUUUUUCUCAUUUUUGUUGUUUUGCCAAAUCUUUUUUCAAUUUCUCUUUGCUAAGUGAAUAUGCCCCCCCCCCCCCCCCCCCCCCAGUGACCCCUCCCUGACUUGAAUCCACCUCUUUCAUCUUUAUAGAAUUUGAAGAUAAUUAGGAUGAUUAAAUCCAUGUCUGGUUCAUUAAAAAAGGAAAAAUCGUGCUUUCUUAAUUGUUGAUUAAUGAAUUUAAUUAUUUGUAAUGUUGUAAUCAAUGACAAUCUUGUUAGAAUGGUAGUAAUGUGUUGUAUGUUUUCUAUAUUUUUAUAUUUUCAUGCUAUUUGGGGUAGUUGAAGAUAUUUAGUGUAAUGAUGUAGAGAGUUAACAUAAUAGAUGCAGACAACUCCAUUUGGGACGGAACACCUCUUACAGGGGCACAAGCUUCCAAAACAAAUUAAAAUUUGAUUUACCUUUUUUUUGAAAAUUUCCAGGCAUGAAAUAAAUGAUCCAUAUGAAGAUUUUAAUGAGAUAUAAUAAUUUGAUAUGAUAAACAGUCACAAAACAUGUACAACAAAAGGAAGAUUAGAAAGACACUAUAGGCAACUCAUCAAUUAAAUCAUUGAUUUAGAGCCAAAAGGGCGUUAACUAUGUUUAAGUAAAGUAUACAACUUAACGCCCUACUGGCUCCGAGAAAAAAAUAUGAUUGUACCAUAAAUUCCAUGGGUGUAUGCAUGCACUGUAAAGAAUACCUCCUGCUCGUAUCGAUGCAGCUCAUUAAAUUAUGCAUAACUUUAUCUGUGAGGGCAUUCGGUUUGAGAGAGCUAACAUAAUCUUAUUUAUACCUUGCUCUCAAUUAUGUAGCAUUUGCAGUUCACCUCUUCCAAGAAAAUAGAUACCAUGCAUCAUUAAUGGGGAAGAGAAUGACAAAUAUAUAUGUUAUCGUAAUGUGCAGUUCAGAAUGCAUAGUUUAGUAUAUUUGUAUAGAAAUUCAUCAAUAUUAAUUUCAAUUACUGUAAAUCCAGAAACUGUUGCAAAAUGAGAUGUUAGGGACGGCCAUUUUCACAGCAAGAAACUGCCUCAGAUCACAAAUGUUUGUUGUAUUAAUUAGGGUAUGAUUCAAAUUUGUUUGGCAUGAAUAUGUGAAACUGGAGCACUCUCGAACAUUUCAAUGAUGCAAUAGUUCCUGGUUUUGCAUUAUUAUCGCUAUUAUUGUUAUUAAAAUUAUGAAAGCAAAAUGUAUGUUCUAAUGAAUUGUAUGAUAAGUGCAUUGCCUUAACCAUUCAUAACAUAGACAGAUUUUACAGGGUAGAAAUUUAGAUAAACAAAAUGUCUAUCUAUUUUUUGCUAUUCAAUUCGAAUUCAGAAGGCUCUCAAUAGCUCUCAAUGUGGUUCUAGUAUGCAGUAUGGUGAAAGGAGAAACGUAAGAAAUUCCCUAUAUGGUUGUCUUAAAGUCACCUCAAUAUUUGGAUAAUUUAACAGUAAAUGAGGUUAUAAUAUGUCAUUCUAGACUCCAGUGAUAAUAAUGAUAAUAAUACAUUUGUCAUUUAUGAAGUGCCUGUUCAAGAGAUAAUAAUAAUGAUAACAAUAUUGAUAACUUAGAAGCACUAAAAACAAAAC